CGGCCUAUCACCGCUUGAGGAAGGUGACCUUAUCGGCAAGUGCAACCCGCCUUCCUCUUUUACAAACAAUAUGCAAGCAGACGAGGGGAACGUCAAAUGACGCGACCGACUGAGAUUCAAUUGACCAUUCGCUCAAUCUCUUGACCUCUUCUUCUCAUACACAUCUUUCGACCAUCAGCAGACAGUGACGCGUUACCAUGAAGGUUCUACCAUUCUUAUACGCAAUUCCAUUGGUAUCUGCCAUUGGCAGCAGACAGCACAAGCGCGACGUGGAGACCUUGAGUUUGGAGAAGCGUGACAUCAACCCUGAGCUCCUGUAUCCUGAAUACAACAUCUCAGUGCCUGUAGACCACUUCCACAACUCUACUCUGUACGAACCUCACAGCAAUGCCACUUUCGAUUUGAGGUAUUGGUUUGAUGCUUCGCACUACCAACCAGGAGGUCCCGUCAUUGUGCUACAGUCCGGUGAAACCGAUGCUUCUGGUCGUCUGCCCUAUCUACAGAAGGGUAUUCUGGCACAACUGGCCCAAGCAACUCACGGUAUUGGUGUUGUGCUCGAACAUCGCUACUAUGGAACAUCAUUCCCGACUCCUGAUCUGUCCACCAAGAACCUUCGAUUCUUGACCACCGAACAAGCACUUGCGGAUGAGGCAUAUUUUGCAAGAAACAUUGUCUUCCCUGGACUCGAGCAUCUGGAUCUGACGAGUAAAUCUGCUGCAUACCUCGGAUAUGGCGGAUCGUAUGCAGGUGCUUUCAACGCCUUCCUCCGUGUCGUCUAUCCAGAUGUCUUUUGGGGAACAAUCUCGAGCUCUGGUGUGACCAAGGCCAUCUACAACUAUUACGAUUAUUUCACCCCAAUCGCCGAGAACGGACCUCCGAAGUGUAUCUCUACUCAAAAGACUCUUAUCCACAUUGUUGACACCAUUCUUUUGAAGAACCAGUCCGAGCUCACACAUCAACUCAAGACCGCAUUUGGUCUCGGAAACCUUACUUACGACGAUGACUUUGCCAGCACUUUGUCUAGCGGCAUUGAAGGCUGGCAGAGCCGUAACUGGGAUCCCAAGGUCGGUAGUCUCGGCUUCGACAGAUACUGCAAUAACAUUUCAUCUGAUGCAAUGCUUUACCCCGCUGCAUCCUCGCUCCGGCCUGUUGUGGAGUCUCUGAUCAAGAACACCAACUACACUGUCGAGGAGACCUUGGUCAACCGCAUGCUCAACUUCAUUGGCUACGUGAACCGUACUUCUGUGGCCUCUUGCUCUGGUGGGAGCACACAGGACGAGUGUUUCAGUAACCACAACUCAUCCACUUACCAGCAGGACGACUUGGCUUCAUACACCUGGCGCUCAUGGGCUUACCAAUAUUGCUCCGAAUGGGGAUACCUCCAGACUGGAUAUGCACCUCCAGGCCAAUUGCCCAUCGUCUCGUCUCUCCUUGACUUAGAAUACGAAAGUAUUGUGUGCGUUGAUGCCUUCAACAUCACGACUCCGGCGAACGUUGAUGCGGUGAACAAGUACGGUGGCUACGACAUCAGUUACCCACGUCUUGCUUUUGUCGAUGGAUCUGCCGACCCCUGGCGUCCAGCUACUCCUCACGCAUACGCCCAGGGUGCCAAGGAGCGCAACUCUACUUCCAGUGAGCCCUUCAUCUUGAUUGACGGAGCUGUUCACCACUGGGACGAGAAUGGCUUGUUCCCCAACGAGACUACGGCCUCCCUACCUCCCUUGCCAGUCGCCGACACCCAGAGACAGGAGAUACAGUUCGUGCAAGAAUGGAUGCAAGAGUGGCAGUUGGAGCAGCAGAUCAAGGCAGCUUAUCGUAAGCCAGCCACCCAGGGGCCCAUCUGAGUAUGAGGUGAAAGUGCUACAUGCCAUUGACAGAUAAUUCUUGUUCUUCAGCGGUGACACCAUAACGAGAUUUUGUUUCUGCUUUUGAUCAUACUUGUCUAUAAGCCGUGCAUAUAAAGCUGUCUUGCAAUGAUUGCUCUAAGACCUCAAUGUUCAGUUCGAGCGAGGUAGUCUCUGAUGUGAAAUUUGAAGGCGCAAGUAUCGAUAUUUCGAGAGAAGAUCUAUCGGGACAUUGGCUUUUGUCGGAUGGCGGGUAACAAGCCAUCCGCCUAUAAAUAUGCGGACGGAACCGGUCGGCAGCAAACGUAUUUCGUAACCCGUAUUGUGUAUACUGUACC